AAAAACAAAACAAAACAAAAACCACCAAAUUAAAAUGACCUGAGAGAUGUAGUGCUGGUGGCAGCUCCGUACCGCCGUGCGUAAGGCUGCGGGAGCAGGUGGAUGGAUGGAGGGGCCGGGGGGAUGCAGCUCCCCGGCGGGUCGGCGCCGCUCUGGAGCGCCAGGACUCCCCGUUCUCCCCCCCCGGGACACCCUGCCCAUUUGGAUGCGAUGUGAUGCUGAAGUUCUACGUUUACAUAUCGCUCUUGCUAUCUUGUCGUGUAUCUACAAUGUGAUAAUCGUGGCUCCUUGUACGUGAAAAUCCCUGAUUAUCCCAGUCCCUACAGCCCCAGACCCUUAGACUUCAAACCCUCACAUUCCCAGUACCCCUGGCUGUUAUCUUUUCCCUUUGGAUAAACCCCAGCAGUCCCUUUAACCUCACCUCUACAACCUUGUUCUGUAAAUUCAUAGCUUUGAAUAACACGAGUCAGCAUUAAUCACAGCCAUGCUAAUUUCUGAUUACGACUUUACUCCUUACGCUCAUCGUCUUUAGAAACUUCGAAUCUCUGAUCUCUUAAGUCCACCCAAAAGUCAUGGCCUUGGAUCCGUGGUCAUUUGUCCCCCCUUCCCCCAACGCCUCCAUCCCGGCUCCCCUCUUUUACGACUCCUACGCCCAAGAGAACGAGUCUUACUUGGACUUCAACGUCACCCGGACCACCGAGCGCCACCAGGACAAGACCAGCUCCAUGGUCAUCACCUUCAUCUACUUCAUGGUGUGCGCGGUGGGAUUGUGCGGCAACGCCCUGGUCAUCUACGUCAUCCUGCGCUACGCCAAGAUGAAGACGGUGACCAACAUCUACAUCCUCAACCUGGCGGUGGCCGACGUCCUGUGCAUGAUGAGCCUGCCCUUCAUCGCCCUGCAGCUGGCGCUGGUCCACUGGCCCUUCGGAGAGGCUCUGUGCAGGGUGAUCAUGACCGUAGACUCUCUCAACCAGUUCACCAGCAUCUUCUGCCUCAUGGUGAUGAGCAUCGAUCGCUACCUGGCCGUCGUCCACCCCAUUAGGUCCACAAAAUGGCGGAAGCCCCGCAUAGCCAAGCUAAUCAACCUCACAGUAUGGGUCGUUUCCCUGCUGGUCAUCCUGCCGACCAUGAUCUUCAGCGGGCUGAAUAAGGUGCCCGUGUGCGGGAUAGUGUGGCCCGAGCCUCAGGACGUCUACUACACGGCCUUCAUAUUCUACACCUUUUUCAUUGGAUUCUUUAUGCCGUUGGCAGUGAUAUGUCUGUGCUACCUGCUCAUUAUAGUCAAGGUGAAGUCGUCUGGAUUGCGAGUUGGUUCCACCAAGCGCAAACGCUCGGAGCGCAAGGUGACGCGGAUGGUGUCCAUCGUGGUGGCGGUGUUCGUCCUGUGCUGGCUGCCUUUCUACAUUUUCAACGUCACCUCCGUCACCGGCUCCAUCAAGCCCACCUCCGCCCUGAAGAGCACCUUCGACUUCGUGGUGGUCCUGGGCUACGCCAACAGCUGCGCCAACCCCAUCCUCUACGCCUUCCUGUCGGACAACUUCAAGAAGAGCUUUCAGAACGUCCUGUGCCUGAAGAAGGUGGCGGGCCUGGACGAGAUCGAGCGCAGCGACAGCAGGGCGGACAGGAGCCGGAUGGUCAAUGAAGCCGUGCUCAUCAGCGCCAACUUGGAGACUCACAACGCCGCCCUGCUUAACGGCGAGCUGCAGACCAGCAUCUGAGAGUACAGGGGCAGAAAAACAUAGCGGGAGCCAGGGGAAACUGACUCCAGACUAAAGGACUGCUUUAGAAAAAGAACAACCUGUAAUCUUCUGCCAUGGAUGCUAACUGAUGAGCAAAGUCUAAAUGACAAAUAAACUAUUUCUUAAGGUUUUUUUUUUAGGGGACAGGAAAGGCACACUGAUCACUCUUGAUCGUUGACUUAAUAAGGCAACCUCAGCUUGUUGACCCUGAGACGCAGUGGGGAGAAAGAAAAUCAUUAUUUUUACCCAAGUGGUUUUAAAACGCAAAGAGGAAUUGAUGGUGACACUGAAAUCAAACACGCCUAAGAGGGCUGUUUCUGCUAGUUCAACUGGUACAAGAAGGAAACAGUAGGCAGGGUGAAGGGAAGCUGCUGUUCGCCCAAUAAAAAAGAUUUAAAAAACGACGGGGGUGGCAGACCUAAGCUAGAGUCGGGGAUGAACAAGACUGAAUUUGUUCUAAUAUACAACGGUCUCAGUGAUUCCUUGGACAUGCUGCAAAAAGGAAUUGGACAAAACCCCUCAGUGGAAAACAGAUGGCAGAAUAAUUCCCUACAGCCUCUCAAACACAAGAAACAGAAACAACCACGCUCAGAUGAAUUGUGUCCCUGUCAUAUUUCGUUAACAUCAGAUGGUUAGUUUGGUCCUUCAUGAUCAAAAAGUCAACAAAGUGGCACUAUUCCUCUGUCUACCCCCC